UCUUGUCAAUCAAAUAUGUUUUUGUCUGGUACUUCUUGUUGGCUGUUCUAUUUGGGUUUAGGGUUUUAGGGCCUCUCAUCCUCUCGUCCCCAAACUUGUCAUGCCUUUUCAUGGCCAAAGCCAAAGCCAAGAACCGAAAACCAGAGACCAAACCAAUUCGAAGUUAGCCUCAGUUUUUCCGACCGACCCAAAUCGAAGUUCUCACAUGCAGACUCAGAACUCUUGUUUUCUGCAACUCAGAGCAAGCAAUAGUUUGGGGAUUCUGUUCUCACCUUGAAUUGCCACUGAACUUUGGGUCCAUUCUACACCUCGCCUGCUGCCGCAAUGUCUUCAUGCUUGAGCGGCGGUGGAAGGACAUACCAGUUCGACCUGGAAAUCAUCAAUAAGUCCCGUUGGAUAUCGGCAUCUCGAUCAUCGUCACCUCCUUCUUCUUCUUCUUCACCUGCUUCGACUCUUUCAGAAUCAAGCAAUUCUCCAAUCUCGAUCUCCACCAGAAAAACACGCACACCCAGAAAACGGCCCAAUCAGAUUUACAACGAGGCGGCUGCUCUGCUCUCCACCGUCUACCCCAACAUUUUCUCCGCUAAAAAUCUCAAGAAUCCCCGGAAAUUCUCCAAUUUCGAGGACUAUUUCUCCGAUGAAUCCUCCGAUUUGCUGUUACCUCUUCCAGACUUCGAGACGGCCAGCUUCUUACUCCACCAGCCGAUUCCAGCCAAAUCAGAUCCCCGAAUCGAACCGAAGUGUUCUCCACGAUUUCCUGAAAGUCAAUGCGGCGACAACGAAAGCAUAUCAAAGUCGCCGCAAUUGGACGAUGAGUUCAACGACGACGAAUUCGACGCGGAAUCGAUCCUCGACGAAGAGACCGGGGAAGGAAUCGACAGUAUCUUGGGGAACCUAAGCGCGAGCGCCGCCGCGAACGAUGAAGCCGAAGCGACGGCGAGCUACGGGAUUCCGGUCGGAUUGGGGUUCGGGACGAGGAGGGGGAUCAGGCCGCUGAAGCGCGUCGACGAAGCGAGCUGGUGGAAUUUCUCCACCGUCGACGUCGUCGAGAUCUCUCCGAAACUCAACAGCAGAGCAUCGGAUUCGAAUUCGGUGGAUAAGAAGAAGAACAAGAACAAGAAGAAAUCUGAUAAGACUCCGUUGGAACCGAAAACCCUAAUGGCGGCGUCGGCAUCGGCAUCGGCGGCGAGAGAGCUGCCGAAAUCCGGCCUUUUGAUGCUGAAAUUGAACUAUGACGGCGUGCUAGAUGCUUGGUCCCGCCGUGGGAGGCCUUUUUCCGGCGAGAGCCCCGUCCCCGACGUGCCGGUUGGGCUAGCAGAUUUUGAUUCAUUUCCAAAAUAUGGAACGGAGAAGGACGGCAUGGGGCCGCGCUACAAGGAAAAGCGUCUCACACGCCUUUUCUCCAAGAAGAUCGAGUACCAAGUCAAGAGAGCACACGCCAAUGAAAGGCCUAGAGUGAAGGGGCGUUUUGUGAGAAGGCCAGAUUCAAGCGGCAGUGACCCGAAAUGAUGAACAAAGUCCAAUUUAUCUGAGAAUCAUCAUCACUUCAUCAAUUUUUGCGCCUACACGCUUGCGCGCUCUUCGCCACCCGUAUUCUGCUUUUCUUCUUAGUUGUCAUUGAGGGGUUGGAGGACGUUCCAUCGAUGAGUUGAAAAGAUAUGCAAAUUUGGUAGA